CCGCGCUAGAACGAAUAUGGGGGGGGGGAGACGCCAUGGCGUUGUUUACAUCCCGGGGCCCAGUAGCAGGUCCCAGCCUCUUCCUUCUCGGGUGAUUUCUAGAGUAAAUAAUUGAGAGAAGACUACAAGUGUGUCCCAUCCCUGAGUUGGGAGUUCCCUGCUUUGUGCUUUAAGUCAGGCCAACAGGUUGAGACUCAAGCUGUUUUGGUCAGGACUUGAGGAUGUUGACCAGAGUCUGCUAAUAUCCUUCAAUAUUUAGUGUUACAGACACCUGCUCCAAGUGAUACGCCAUGACAGAAGUGUUCCGGUUCGGCCUCGUGCCCAUCGCUUGUCGUGCCCGGAAUGAGGACCGCAGCCAAGUGGCAUUGAGUCUCAACAACAAUGAAGUGAAUAUAUAUGGCAGAGCUGCAUCAGAGUGGAAGCUUCAGGAAACACUCCAGGGUCAUGAUCUGCGUGUCACAGGCAUUGACUGGGCUCCCAGCACCAAUCGCAUUGUUACAUGUGGAGCAAACGAAUAUACAUCCCAGCCGGGGGGGGAGAGACGCCAUGGCAUUGUUUACAUCCCGGGGCCCAGUAGCAGGUCCCAGCCUCUUCCUUCUCGGGUGAUUUCUAGAGUAAAUAAUUGAGAGAAGACUACAAGUGUGUCCCAUCCCUGAAUUGGAAGUUCCCUGCUUUGUGCUUUGUUACACA